CAUCUAUAUAAACUAUUAUAUACUUUCAGAUAACUCGUUUUAAGGCAUUUCCCUCCUCAUCGUUUUUGAGCAACAAUGACAGCAAUGGUCCACCUUGAUAUUCAAAAUUGUUUGAUCUUUACUCUCGUAUUCCUCUUCCCAACCCUCUUUCUCUUUGUCUUCUUCUUCUUUAAGGAACCAAAGAAAAGCUUUGAUCUGCCUCCAAGCCCUCCUUCUCUUCCGAUCAUUGGUCAUCUUCACCUUAUCAUCUCUUCUUCAAUGCACAAGUGUUUUCAGAAAAUCUCAUCCAAGUACGGGCAAUUCCUCCAUCUCCGCAUCUUCCACGUCCCCAUCGUUCUCGUCUCCUCUCCCACAGUGGCCUAUGAGAUCUUCAAGGCUCACGACACGAACGUCUCCUAUCGUGGUCCAAUUGCUAUCGAUGAGUGCAUUGUGUUUGGUUCUUCUGGCUACAUCAGAGCUCCCUCUGGUGAUUACUGGAGGUUCAUGAAAAAGAUCAUCAUGGCUAAGGCCCUCGGUCCCCAGGCGCUAGAGCGAACACGUGGCGUCCGUUUAGUUGAGCUAGAGAGGUUCCACAGGAACCUGCUGGAUAAGGCCAUGAAGAAAGAGAGCGUGGAGGUCGGCGAGGAAGCGAUGAGACUCGUUAACAACACGCUGGGAAAGAUGAGUAUGGGAAGUAGUUUCUCAGUGGAGGACAAUGACGGUGGGAAAGUGUGUGAACUAUCAGUCGCGUUCACUUCCUUGUGCCACAAGUUUUGUGUGGCGCAAGUAUUUCAUAAGCCGCUAGAGAAGCUAGGGAUCUCAUUCUUAAAAAAGGACGUGAUGGAGGUUUCACACAGAUUUGAAGAGCAUCUGGAAAAGAUUCUUGCGAAAUACGAAGAGAAAGUGGAGGAACAUCAAGGUGCUGAGUUUAUGGAUGCAUUGUUGGAAUCUUAUCAAGGCGAAACCGCAGAAUAUAAGAUGACUAGGAAGCAAAUUAAGGCGUUAUUUGCGGAGCUUUUCGUUGGAGCAGGUGACUCCUCUUCUUCAACAACACGGUGGGCAAUGGCAGAGAUCAUCAACAACCCUAAGAUUCUUGAGAGACUAAGAGAAGAAAUCGAUUCAGUGGUGGGGAAAAAUAGGUUGGUUCAAGAAACUGAUCUAACAAAUCUACCUUACUUGCAAGCUGUAGUCAAGGAAGCUCUACGAUUGCACCCUGUGGGAGCUGUGGUGCCAAGGGAGUUUCAAGAAGGCUGUACGAUAGGAGGGUUCUACAUACCGGAGGGAACAUCACUUGCUGUUAAUUCUUAUGCUAUCAUGAGAGAUCCUGAUUCUUGGGAAGAUCCUUGUAAGUUUAAGCCAGAGAGGUUUCUGACUUCUUCAAGAUCAUGGAAAGAGGAGGAGAGAAAAGAGCAAGCACUGAAGUUCCUCGCGUUUGGCGCAGGAAGGAGAGGAUGUCCUGGAUCAAAUCUUGGUAGUACUUUUGUAGGAACCGCGGUUGGAGUGAUGGUGCAGUGCUUUGACUGGGAAAUCGAAGGAGAUAAAGUCAACAUGGAAGAAGCUUCAGGAUUGAGAUUCUUUAUGGCUUUGGCUAAGCCACUUAAGUGCACUCCUAGUCCUCGAAAUAUGAACCAUUUACCUUCUGAUUCAAGAGGUCAGGAUUACACUCGGUUUCAAUUAGCUAACAUAUAACUCUAUAAAGGUUCAGAAGAUCGUUAUUACAUAUGUUACAUGCCUUAUUUUUGCAUUUGUACGUUCAUGUUGUUGAAUGCAUUAUGCAAAUACCUCCUUAAACAUUGUAUUUUAUUUUUUUAAAAAAAUAUUAUUUAUCUUGAUGUUAAUAUCGUGACAAAAAAAAAUCUUGAUGUUAAUUUAAAAAAAAAAGCUUGCUGUUAAUAUAUUUGCCACUCAGUAAAUAUUUGGGUAAAUUAGUGUAUCAGAAUAUAUGGUAAUUUUACUUAACAAAAGUGCCAUGUACUCGAUUAAGAAAGUAUCACAAAUCAACCACAAAGGAAGGAAGAUAUACUACUCUAUACUCGAAAUCUUAAUAUCGUGUUAACAGAGACAAUCCUUUCCAUCUUGGGCUACGUAACAUACAUUAAAUAUAGCUUCACACUGAUCUUAGCUUUGUUCUAUACAGCAUUGUAUUGUUUCUUGUGACCUUGUGACUAUUCACAAGAAGAAAUAAUACUGAUUUAUCGAUUUUAUGGUUCUUAAACCGAUCAACGAAAGCCAGUCUUCACUCGAUUCAGAGUACUUUGUCAGUGAAAUCAGAGUAAAAUGCAUAAAUAAACAGAAAACGAAGUCUUUCUCUUUUCGAAUUCACUAGAACAAGAAAAUAUAUUACACCAAUAUGUUAAUGCAUAAAUCAAACACAACCUUCCUAAAAUACCAUCAUUUUCUAUUACAAGCAUUAUUUAGGAUAAUCUUAAUCCUACGUUAAAACUACCCCUAGAGCUUAGACUUCAAUUUUCUUAAACUCGGAAGUGUGUAAACAAAUACUUCGAUACCCAAAGCAAAAGACUAGCUCCAAAUGCUUGAUCACACAAGCCCUAAACAAAGAUCUCGGUUUUCUUAUUUUGUAGAGACACAUUUUUUCUUGGAUGCACGUCCGCUUCUUGUAUACAUAACCAGAAUUUGCUUCCAAGUUCUUCCAAAUGCAAUUUAACUAACUUUCAUUUUUAUUUUAAGGAAUAACUUUUUUUCUUUUUCUUUUUCUUUUUCUUUUUCUUUUUCAGAUAAUAUCAUUUAUAUUUUACUAGGUAGUUGCCCGUGAAUUCACGAAUAUAAAUAUUAUAUGAAUAUAUAUAUUAGACAAUGCAAUUUUUAAAUAAUAAUUAGAAAAUUAAAAGGGUAGUUUUUAACUCCAAAUACUUUGAAGAUUUAAAACUCAACAUUGUAUUUUUUAAAACAUGAGAUUUAAUGAUAAUUUCAUUAAUAUUAAUCUAAGUCGUUACAAAUAUGUAUUAUACCUGAUUUUGAUCAAACGAUUAGAAAAAAUCAUGAUCAAUGAAUCAUAAAUCUAUUUUAAAACACUUUAUAAUCAUCACAUUAUCUUAUCUAUCAUCUCAUUUAACUUUGAGGCAAAUUAAUUCUCAUUUUCAAAGUUUUCAUGCAUUUAACAAAUGCCAGUAGAAUUAUCUAUGCAAUUAUUAAAGUUUUUGAUGUUGUAGAAUUCAUGUUUGUUGCUUUUACGUCUAUGUCUUGAGCUGCCUGGAGAAUGUUGUGAUUGUAGAAGUAGCCAACUUUGCCAAAACCUUACUCUAGUAAAUGACCAGAGCCCAUAUGUGUCGUCGUGUGCUGUCCAAAAAUCAUGCACUUUAUAUAUAUAUGUAUCUGUGUCAGGUAAAAAAAAUUAAAAAACAAAAUUUUUCCAAAUUAUCCUCUAAUAUUAUACCUAAAAUAUAUUUAAUUAUAAAAACUAAAAUUUAAUUUACGAAUUUGGUAUUUUAGCAAUAUGAAAUUUGCAAAGUAAUAUAUACAAAUUAAAUUUUAAAGUUUUCCAAAAAAAAAACAUUUUCUACUUUAAAUUUCCUUUCUUUUUACUUUAAAUUUCCUUUAUUUUUACUUUAAAUUUUCAUCAUUUCUACUUUAAAUUUUCAUUUCUUUUAAUUUUUAAAAUAAUUAUAUUUUUUAUAAGUGUUAGAAGUGUUAGAACUAUUUAGAAUUUAAAUCAAUUUGUGAGUCAUAUAAAAGAAAAAAAUAGCAUAUCAUAACCGAUUUUAAAUCAAUACUAUUAAAUUAGGAACAUGUCCGGUUGAUAAUGUUUGGUCUAAUUAUUUACAAUCCACUUUUUUAAAUAACUAAAUGCCAGUAUAUAACAUAUAUAUCUAUAACGUGACUUGGUAUUUUAUAACUUCCUCUCCCUUUUACUUCAUAUAAUGGACAUAUUUAUAGGAACCAAAGAACCAAAACCCAUUGUGAACUUAAUUCAUAAAUAACUUAGUGAAUCCUAUAUCAUAACCGGCUUUAAAUCAAUACUAUUAAAUUAGGAACCACUGGUAGAAAAAAUCGCUAUAGCUACGAAUUUGCUACGUUAUUUUAGUAGCAAAAUGGAAAAAGCUACGAAUUUGCUACGAAUUUGCCACGAAACGUAAAACGUAGCAAACCAUAUCAAUUUCGUAGCUAAAUUAGCUACGAUUUUGCUAUGAAUGUAAACGUAGCAAAAAAUUGCUACGAUUUUGCUACGAAUAUUACGUGGCUAAUAUACAAAAUAUCUUUUAGCUACAAUUUGCUACGAAAAUAUUCGUGGCUAUUUGAAACCCUAUACCCUAAACAUGUUUCUAACCCCUAAACUCUAAAAGUAAACUUUAAACUCUAAUAUUUUCAUACUAUAACCUCAAAAUCUUAAAGUUAAACUCAAAUUUAAUCACUUUUAAAAUAACUUUUCAAAUUUUAAAUCUAAACUCAAACACUAUAUAUUUCAAACCCUAAACUCUAUAUAUAAACUCUAUACCCAAAUCAUAAAUCAAAACAUUAACUCUAAUAUUUUCAAAGUUUAACGACAAAUAUCAACUUAAACUCAAAAUUUAAUAUUUUAAAUAAAUUAUUUCCAAAACUACUAAAAUUCAAACACUAUAUUCCAAACCAUAUACAAUAACUCUAAAUUUUAUACACCAAAUCGUAAAAUCCAAACAUCAAAUUUAACCUUUUCAAAUUUAAACACCAAAACCUAAACAUAGAUACUAAUAAAAAAAUUUCAAAUUGUAUUCUCAAAUUUUACUCUAAACCCCAAACCUAAGACUCCAAAUAAACUUUAAUCAUGAACAUUAACCUUAUAUUUAAAACUUUUAAAUUAGACUAAACUUUUAACUUUAAUCAUAGUCAUUAAUCAAAUCCUAUAUUAUAAAUCUAUUAUUUAAAUUUAAAUUAAUUUGUUUAAACCCCAUAUAAACCCAUUCAUAUUUAAGUGAAUUAGAAGCUUAUUUGAUGACCAAAGAAAAAGAAUUAACAGCUUAAUUCUGAUUGGACCAAAAAGUGAGGCGUGGAUCACCAUUUUCGAAUCUCUGCCGUUGGUAAUAUUAAUCUUACGGCUCACAUUAAUUCACUAUUAAUAUUUUAUGUUUGUUUUAUCUCUUUCUUCCUUUCUUCUUCCUCCACACGAUUCUAUACUUCUUAUUUUCUUCUUCUUCUGUACCUCUUCGAUCUCCUCAUCUAAUCUCAUCUCUCUUAUCCUCUUCCCAUCUCUCUUUCUCCUCUGCUCAUUUUUCAUUUACUUUUCUUCUUUCAAGCAAAUGGAUCUGAACGAAGAGGAUUACCACCGUCAUGCUUCUCACCACCAUGCUCCUUUCUAUUCGGUUGCGCCCUUCACCACCGCACGCUCGUCAACACCACCACCGGAAAGUGGAGGAGGCACAGGAUUGAUGAAUGAGUCACAGGAGAUUGAUGGAGGAGGUAGCAGUGGUGGGUCGUGAGCAGAUCCGGCUUGAAUGUUGAAGACGAAGAAGCUCGGUGAGGAGGCCGCAGGCGGCGGAGAAUAUACAUUAGGUUUAGAUUAGGGUUAGGUAUAUUUUUAAUUUGGUUUAGUAUGCUAAACCGAUUUUAUUUAUUAAUAGUUUGAUAAAUCGUUUUAAAUUUUGUAAGCCAAUUUGAUAUAUAAAAUAUAAUUUAAUAAUAUUUUUUUAUUUCGUAAAUUAA